AUGAGAUUAAACGAUAUUACCCGCUGCGCAGUUGCCAGCGGCCUUCUGGCAUCCUGCGUAUCGGCUGCUCAAAUCACCAAGAGCUUGUCCGAAAAUGCGCAAAGCCUUUUUGACUGGUCGAUGCGUGUGAAUGACCUACGCUGGGAUGAUUCGUAUAACUAUGUUUGGUAUGCCGACAAUGGAGCUUGGUCAACUCGCUUCACGGCGUGGUAUGUUGCGGGUCUGCUGUUCCGCAACAAGGGGCAAGAUGUGUCCAACGCGAAGGCUGCUAUUGAGAACAUAUUGACUUGCCAAAUGACCGACAGCUACGAGUCUGCCUGGUAUGGCACGUUCAAGCGUUCCCCUGAUGAGCCGUACCCGACUCCAGACUCAGAACUGUACCCACCAGAGAUCUACGACACGUAUGAUCCUAACUGGAGAGAGUUCAUUGGAACGCAGCUGGUACAGAUCGUGGAAGAAUUCUCCGAUCUACUUGGAGACAGCCUUGUAGCACGCAUCGAGGAUAGCCUGGAAAUCGCGGCUGUGGGCUCUAUGCGACGCAAUGGCUCAUACCCCGAGGGCGAUAAUCUGACACCAGCAUACUCUAACCCAGCCCUCAUGCGUUCUUGGUACGUUUCCUGGAUUGGUGAGCGUCGCAACAACGAGACCUUUAUAAAGUACGCCAACGACCAGGCUGACACUAUCUUGGAGCUCUUCCAAUCCACUGGCUCGAAUGUGCUUUCUGAAUACAAUGCACCAACGUACUAUGGAAUGGAUACUUGGGCGCUGGCUGGUGCAAUCAAAUACGCUCCCAAAACUGCUACGAUUGUCAAAAACUCUAAGGUUAUGUUGACUGAUAUGUGGGCAGACAUUGCUGCUCACUAUAACCCUUAUCUUUCUGUGAUGUCCGGACCGUACGAUCGCGCUUACACACGCGACAUGGUCACAAACUCCGCGGUCGUCGACUACUUCUGGUGGGGUCUGUUCGGAUACGGUGGCCCACAGCCAAACAAACUCGAGGCAGACCUGCUAUACGAUGUCACGCAAGGCGCAGCUUUGGCUCUCGUUGUAGACGUGGUUGCAGCGCACAUUUCCAAGAAUGACUCUGCCUGGCUUCAGUCUCAAGGAGACUGGAGCGGAGAGCGCCUGAUCACCAAGAAGGUUCCUGAUGCCCUCGGUCCUGACGCCGAGGUUCGAGUCGUAACCUCGUGGAUCAGCUCAACACUCAUGAUUGGCGCCGAGCAGGUCAAUGAGACCGUCAAUCGGGGCCAGCAAUACGUUCCGGCGAUUGUUCAGUGGGCUGGUGAUAGGAACCACAAGCCGCACCCGUAUAUGACGUUCUUCAGUUUGUAUCCCACUGCAUCGACUAUUGAUGCUGUUGCAGGACCUAACAGCCUGGAGAUCUCGUAUCCCAAUACCACGCAGGACGGUACAAAUAUCUUCACUUUUGCGUUAGCACAGGUGCCACCGAGUUGGACCUUGAUCAAGAAGAAGGUUGUGAGCGGUCUUGAAGAUCUGCCUUGUCUCGAUGUCACGCUUAGCGCUGAGGGCUUGGUGAAGCAGCCAGUCACUUAUGGUUCUACACUUGAGGAUAAUCUGUUCUACAAUAUCUCCUAUGUUGUACCUUCUGACUUUGAGGGAACACCAAAGGUCUCGUUCAAGUUCAAGUAUACUUGUUAA